CAUGGUAAAAAUCCAGACAGGAGAGCAGAACAGUGAGAAGUAGAUGUCUCCUUUUUCCUCCCUGCAUUCUAGCCCACUCUAGGGGUAACCAGUGUUAGCAAUCUACCAUCUAUCGUCUGCAGACUCCUUCAGUUUACAGGUGAGGAGAAUCAAGACCCAGAGGGGGAAGGUGACUUACUCAGAACCACAAAGAGUUUGAAUCCAAGUCCUCUUGUUCUUAGAUCUGUGCUCUUCCCACCCAUUUGUCUCUUCUAUUUGCUGUGGGCAAGAACCUGGUGGCCAGGGCUGUUAGAACCAUAUAAAAUGAGAUGGAGGGAAGGGUGGUUUUCUGAGUAAGGUGCAUGUUGUGUGUGUGUGCAAACACAUACCCCGUGUAUUUAUAUGUACAUAAAUGCCAGGGCAUAUUGAUAUCUUUUUUUUUAUACAAUAUUCCAUUGUAUAGAUAGCCAUAAUCAUUUAACAAGUUCUUUGUAGUUAGAGAAUAAGGCUAUUUCCAGUAUUUGUAAGGAACCUCAUUAUGCCCAAAUCUCUGUCCUUGUGAAAGUGUAUCUGCGGUGAAUUCAUAGAAUUACAAGAAAAUGUUAAAUUCAUAAAGCUUGCCCUCCAAAGUGUCUUGGCUCCCUUUUGAAUAUAUAAUUUUUUUGUAGACAAGGAGAACCUCUUGGUGCAGUAUCUACAAAUCUCAGCCCUCGAUAUUUUGUGACAUAAUGCUAGCGAACAGUGGAAACUUGUGAGCUUGGAGAGGUGUUGUCAUGGGGACAUCACCAUCCAUUAUUCAUUCAGCAUCCAUUCAUUGAGCUGUUGCUGGCCUGCUGCUGUGGGUCUGCAGGCUGUUCGCUUUGCUGCGACUGCUGCCCUAAGAUCCGGCAGUCCCGGGGCACCCGCUUCAUGUACGCGCUCUACUUCAUUCUCGUUGUCGUCCUCUGCUGCAUCAUGAUGUCAGAAACUGUGGCCAUGGAGAUGAAGGAACAUAUUCCUUUUUAUGAAGAUAUUUGUAAAGGCAUUAAAGCUGGUGACAUGUGCGAGAAGCUGGUGGGGUACUCUGCAGUGUACAGAGUCUGUUUUGGAAUGGCUUGCUUCUUCUUUAUCUUCUGCCUAUUGACCCUCAAAAUCAACAAUAGUAAGGGUUGCCGAGCCAAUAUCCACAAUGGCUUUUGGUUCUUUAAGCUUCUGCUGUUGGGAGCCAUGUGCUCAGGAGCUUUCUUCAUUCCAGAUCAGGAGACCUUUCUGAACGCCUGGCGCUAUGUGGGAGCCGUAGGAAGUUUCAUCUUCAUAGGCAUCCAGCUCAUCCUGCUCGUGGAGUUUGCACAUAAAUGGAACAAAAACUGGACUGCAGGCACAGCUGGUAACAAGCUUUGGUUCGCCUCCCUGGCCCUGGUGACGCUCAUCAUGUAUUCCAUUGCUGCCGGAGGCUUGAUUUUGAUGGCGGUGUUUUAUACGCAGAGAGAUGGCUGCGUGGAAAACAAAAUUCUGCUGGGGGUAAACGGAGGCCUGUGUCUGCUUAUUUCACUGGUAGCCAUCUCUCCCUGUGUCCAAAAUCGACAACCACACUCUGGGUUAUUGCAGUCGGGACUCAUAAGCUGCUAUGUCACAUAUCUCACUUUCUCAGCUCUGUCCAGCAAACCUGUAGAAGUAGUUCUGGAUAAUCAUGGGAAGAAUAUUACAAUCUGUGUGCCUGAAUUUGGUCAGGACCUGUACAGAGAUAAAAACUUGGUUACUGGACUGGGUACCACGCUCCUGAUUUUAUGCAUCUUAUAUUCUUGUUUGACGUCGACAACAAGGUCAAGUUCUGAUGCUCUCCAGGGGCGAUAUGCAGCUCCUGAACUUGAAGUAGCUCGGUGUUGUUUCUGUUUUGGUCCUGGUGGAGAGGAUGCUGAAGAGCAGCAGAAUGUGAAGGAGGGACCGCGGGUCAUCUACGACGAGAAGAAGGGCACCGUCUAUAGCUAUUCCUAUUUCCACUUCGUGUUCUUGCUGGCUUCCCUCUAUGUGAUGAUGACGGUUACCAACUGGUUCAACUAUGAAAGCGCCAACAUUGAAACUUUCUUCAGUGGGAGCUGGUCCAUCUUCUGGGUCAAGAUGGCCUCCUGCUGGAUGUGUGUCCUGUUAUACCUGUGGACACUCGUUGCACCCCUCUGCUGUCCUGCUCGGCAGUUCUCUGUGUGAAGAUCUGAGCAAGCCCUUGGUUCUGGAAGUGAUGUCAUUUGAACAAAUGUCGUGUGUAUUUGAGCAGUGAUUGGAGCCCUUUAAAAAGCUGGCAUCGCCUUGCUGGCUUGAGUGGGUCUGAAGAAGCUUUCAGGAAAAACAAAAAAGCAAAACUUCUGAUUAGGUUUUUAAUUCUGAAAUUUUGAAAGGAACUACCAGUUUCUGAUCAUGGGUGAUAGAGAUAUAUGUGUUUGUGUGUAUAUAUAUGUAUGUAUGUAUGUAUAUCAUAUAUAUGAUAUGAGAUAUAUAUAUAGAGAGAAUAUGGUAUGAUAUAUAUAUUCAUCCAUACAUAUAUACAUACAUACAUCCCAGAAAGUGGGAUAGUAGUUAAGUUACUGUUUUCCUUCUGCAUGAUUUUACCAAAACAAACAGAGUUUGGGGCACAUUGGUUCACAGGGAUUAAAAACCUACUUCCUAUGAUCUAGAAUUUUCAUCUUUGGAAUAGAAAGACAUACCAAAAUCUCGAGACCUCCUCAAACACCUCCGCCUCCUGUAGCCUCAUCCCCAGUGGGUCCGAGGACAGGACUCACAGCAAAGCCUCCCUGCUCACAGCCUUCUGAUAUUUAUAGUGUGAAGGAGGAAGCACCUGCUUUGUAACUCCACCCUUUGUGCUGUUUCCUUGCGGCCCCCAAACGUUUCCCUGUAAAGCUACGAUGCUGGGAAUCACAGACUUCGCUCUGCACUGCCCUUCCCAGAGGUCCCCUUGUCUUUCUGGGUUCAGCAUCUUUGUUAUAAUGUGAAAAAGCACAAUUUUCUCUCAGUACCUGUGUGGGCCUCCGCACCGCUGUCACUACCCGAUCUGAGUUACUGCAAUAAUUGUGACUCUUGUGUUUUCACAUGACUCUAGAGCAAUAUUGAGUUUUCUUUGCCUAAACGAUGGAAGACUAUAGUUCUUAAUUGUUAAUGCUAUUAAUAAUAAUCCUUUAAGGACCUUCACUGAAAAGUUGCUUCUUGACUAAAGGCUGCUGCACACCCUUUUUGGUUGCUAAGGUCAGCCCCUCAGUUUCCCUUCUACCUUGAGGCCUUUGAAAUUGUGGAAGCGAAAGGGCCUUUGUUUUCUGGGUCUGUGUGUGACCACACUGUUAACAUCCGUGAUGGCUGCCUUGGAGUAGAUUUCCUGGGGUGAGGGUGCCAGGCGGCACCUUAGACCAGAUACAGCCUAUUACUCAAGGCAAGGUGGGGGCUGGGCGGGUAUUUGACUAAGCCAUGAACAACAUCCACAGAAAUUUCCAAAGUGCACACUUACAAAGUAAUAUUCACAAGAGAUUUGACUUUAGGCAGCUGCCCAGAGGAUGUCUGUUUUCAGUAUUGUUCUCAGUCAGUGAAGAGGUUGACUCAGCAGAAAGUCCAUUAAAACACAAAUGGAGAUGAGCUAGGGACUCUGCUGUUGUAAUUUCAUGUAAGGAGAGAAGGAAUCCUCUUGAGCUCCCAGGAAUAGAGGGUCUGAGAAUAAAAAGACUCAGCUUCAACUUUAUUUCUGUACCCUGCUGUACAAGUCGGGCAGAAUUGGUUCCUACCCAAGCUAGGCUCCGAUGUAACAAAAUCCUGGCGUGGGAAGGUACUCAAAUACUGUUUCUAUUCACUCCCUUGCCUUCCUCCCAAGACAAAAUACGGGAGGAAAUAAAUAGAAUGGAUGAAUUCCUUCAGAAACUUGCCUUAUUUACAGUGUUUGAGAUUCUGCUUUUAAAGGCACGGUGCCAAUGUGUAUAUAUGAGCCUUGUUUUGUGAACUUUAAAAUUUUCUUGUUUUAGGGCAUGACCUCUUUGUGCUCAGCAGUUCAGAGAUCCUUCUGAAGUCACAAAAUGAACAAAAAUUGUGCUAAUCUCAGAAACCCUAAUUAAGCCAAGGGCAGUAGGAGCUCUAUGGAUCCAGCAGAGGUACCUGGAGUGCAGCAUGGGGCUGUUUUUAUAGCAGCUCCACUGUAGCAGUUGGUGCAGUGACACGGGGGCUCUGGGUAAGCCGGCACUGGCCAAGCAAGCUUUAGGUAACACCAUGAGAAGAAGUAGAUCAGGAGCCAGGAUGGUAUCAGUAACUAGUUUCAUUUUUUCCUCUUGCCUAGGGUCUAGUAGAAUCUUUGAUUUGCCUUCUCAGCUGGGUCUGUCAGCAACCUGAGUGUGACUUUAGAACUGGCACCAAAUCAAAGUCCCGUCACGUAUUCCUUGGUUGGCCUUUGUUGGCCCUCUUUACCCAGCAGAAGGGAGCUCAGGGAAUCACAAAUGACAGGAUGUUGCCAGUAGCAGGGCCCUUUGAACUUCUUUAGCCAGCCCAGUGACCCAUGUUUUCCAGCUGCUUAAGAUUUGGUUUGUAGCAUAAAAAUUCCCUUCUGAAGGUUAGUCUGACCCAGCAGGAAAAGUUAUAGUCACUGUGAUUUUUAUCCUCAACUGGAGACAUUAGAAAGUUUAUCUGGAUAUUCUAAAGUGUGGUGAAUGUGUUCUGAGAACAGAAGACAUAAAUACAUCAAUAAGAAAUUGACUUUAAUAUUAUUAAUACUCAGGUGAUGAGGUAACAUUCAUGGGUUUCACGAACCUAUACUUUUGUGCUGUUGUGUUGUAAGAAACUGGAAAUACUGUGCCAAUUGCUUUAAGUUUCUAUAUGGUGUUAAUUUGAUUAUUCACUGAUGCCUUUCUUAAAAGAUAGACCUUUGCUUCCUACAACUUUUUGUAUAUAAUUUAAAAAGUGCAUUCCCAGAAUGCCAUGACAGCUGAAAAAGAAUUUUUGAAAUGGUGUUUGUUUCCUCUCUGCCAUUCGUCUCGUGGAAAACAGUGGAAUGAGCCACUCUGUUUUGCCCUCUCGUGUUCAUGAGUAGAAACACUAAGGUUAGGGAUGGAUUCUUAUGGAAAUGUUGCAUGUAGAUGCUGCCUGCUGAAGUCAGAGACUAUUUCUGUCAAACCUACUUGGAAACCCUACUUUGGCCCUAAUACUGGUUGAUUCAUGAGUUGUGAUCUUGUCCGCAUAGUUCUUUGUGUGUGUGUUGGAGGGGUGGGGGGGUGUUUGGAGUGUGGGGUUACUGGGACUUUGGAGUUUGAUUCUCAUGUGGAAUGGCCAACAGUGAGGCUCCCCCAGCACAUCUUUUAUUUCCAACUCCUGAGAAGAUUCUAUUUUAUGAAUGACCUUGCUGUAGUGUUAAUCCCCUCAUCCGUACUCUAAAUUGUCACCCUGUCCCUUUUUAAAAUUAUGUACUUAUUUAAUUUUUUCCAGAAGUUUAUCACCAUUGGUGCUUCAUGUAACCCUAUAAAGGGAAUUCAAGACCCCAUUAUUCAAGCUGCCUGGGCUUUUUUUCCCCUUCCUUUACUGCUUUUCUAAAUAGCAUCUCAUUAUGUUGUACAUCUGUGUCCUAUACCUUUUGGAAAUGAAAGAGGGCUUAACCCACACCUAAAAAGGGUCUGAUCUUGGACUAAGACCUUGCACACCAGAAAGAAUGCUGGGCCCUCCUUAAUUAGGGACUUGGCUCACGGAAUUCUCUGUUAACUUGCUAAUAGAACGAAUUCCCUGUGGCUUUGUUCUUAAGGCUAUCAUGUUUCCUGCCACCUUUAUUUUAUUCUUAAAGUGUCCUAUUUUAAUUUAGUUUUGCAUUGUAGUUAGAGAGGAGCUUCUAAUCUUAGACCUACUUCACAAUACUGGAGAGCUGUUUACAGAGAUCUUUAGAACUCAUGCUAGGCAUUCUAAAGAACUCUUAUUUUUUUCUCAGUAUAUCAAAUUUAGAGAGGCAGCCUUUUUGAAGGGGGAAAUACUGGCUUUUACCAAAGAGGUAUUUGUCUUUAAAAAUAAAUAAAGCAAAAUAUUUUCAAAAAAAAACCUCGAUUGAAGAAGGGCAGAGAAUAAAAGAUUAAGAAUGCAUAUGUCCACAUCCACUUCUAUAGAUGUUUAAUCAUCUUUAUGAGUAAGAUGAUGAAAGAGCUCUUUAAGGUAAUCCUUUGGGGUAAAAGAUCCUGGGAAAUUCUUUCAGGUAAAGAAAGCUUACAGCAGAUGUAUAAUAUAUAUGUCUUGAGAGGUAUUUAUAAAAAAAAUUUAAGAGGAUUGUUUUGUCUUCCUUUUUUAAAGAUUUUAAGUUUUCUUACUUUGCAAAAAAAAAAAAAACCUACAAAAGUUUUAUAGUCUUAGGUAGUAAAUUUUGCAAAAUUGUUAAUUUUUAAAACUUUUCUGAAACCAAUUAGCUGUAGCCAAAUUAUGUGAUUAUGUUUUGCUUAAUUAGAAUUUCAAAAUGUAAUAUGUGUAGUAAAUCUACUGUUUGAAAUUUAUAAUGGUUUCUGAGGUGGUUAGGAUUUUGGUAACUUUUAAUAGUUAUUUUUUCCUUUUAGUCACAAAACCAACUACAGAUUCAUAUUUGUUUGUUUUUAGAAUGCUUAUUUUUCUAUAAAGUGUCUGAAGCUGACCACUGUUUUCUUAUGUAGAAAUCCAAAAAGUUGCUAACUCUGUACUUUAAUAAAAUGAAAAUUGAAAACCA